AUGUUGUCUAACUGGUGGUACCCGCCCGAGGAAGGCAAUCGAUCCUCUGUCGACGAUGGCGCCCACAAGAUUAAUCCCGACGACGACUCUCAGGCCAUGGAGCCCGAUCAGGGAAACGUCCUGUCUCACAUCAUCUCCCAGCUAAAGCCUGGCGCCGAUCUGAGCCGCGUCACUCUGCCCACCUUUAUCCUCGAGCCGCGCAGCAUGCUGGAGCGCAUAACAAAGUUGGUAGCCUUGCGGGAACUCGCCGUUCAUGUGGAGCCUGCGCAGUUGCUGACCUUGCUCGUCUCCCACAUUCGCAGCUUCAUGUGCCACCCGGAGAUGCUCCUCCACAUCCCCACACUAGACGACCCCGUCGACCGAUUCGUCUCUGUCGUCAAGUUCUACCUCAGUGGCUGGCACAUCCGUCCACCAGGCGUCAAGAAACCGCUGAACCCCAUCCUCGGCGAGCUAUUCUCCUGCUACUGGAAUCUCGAAGACGGCAAGCACGCCUACUACAUCUCGGAACAGACGUCGCAUCACCCCCCCAAGUCGAGCUACUUUUACAUGGCACCCCACCACCACAUCCGCAUCGACGGCACCCUCAAGCCCCGCAGCAAGUUCCUCGGCAACUCGGCCGCCAGCCUUAUGGAGGGCGUCGCAUUUCUGAGCCUGCUCAACCGAGGCGCCGACCCUUCAAGAGGAGAGCAAUACAUCCUUACCCAGCCCAACAUGUACGCCCGAGGCAUCCUGUUUGGCAAGAUGAAGUAUGAGCUCGGAGAUCACAGCAUAGUCCGGUGCCCAGAGCUGGACCUUACGGCCGAUAUCGAGUUCAAGGUCAAGGGCUGGGUCGGCGGAACCUACAACGGCAUCGGCGGCGUCAUCAAGAAGGAGAGUACGGGAGAGGUGUUGUUUGAGCUGUCUGGUCUGUGGAGCGACGAGAUGUUCAUCAAGGAUGCCACGGUCAGCACCUCACCCCCCCCCUUGUCCUUCCCCCCCCCCCUUCUUCUGACGCAGAGACAGACCGGCCACCGCGAGAUGUUCUUCAACGCCAACCGCUCAAAACCCAACAACCCCCGCGUGCGCCCCCUCGACGAGCAGGCCGACGUCGAGUCGCAGAAGCUUUGGUCACAGACGGCCAACGCCGUCAGGGAGAGGAAUCAUGUGCUCGCUACAGAUGCCAAGACGGCCAUCGAGGACCGCCAGCGCGAAAAGGCCGCUAAGCGCGCUCAGGACGGCCUCGACUGGCACCCGAGCCUCUUCCGGAAGGUCCAAGCCACGGCCGGCGGUCCCGAACAGGACAAGGAGGCUCUCGAGUGGAUCAUUGACGCUCACAUCGACACCUCCCUGCCCCCCGAGAAGCAGAUUGAGCAGAUCCUGGCCAUAUACCCCAUCAUCGAUGGACAGAAGGCCGCACCCAAGCAGGAGGAGGAGGAGGAGAAGAAGGCAGAUGAAGAUGACAAGCCCGCCGACGAGGACGAGUCGCCAAAGAACACCGCCGCCGGUGCCCCUGCCAGUGUUCCCGCCCCCCUCGCCGCCAACUCCGAGGACACGACGGCAGAAGACCAGAAGCCGCACAACGAAGUGGAAGAAACCCUCGCCGCGACCAGCAAGCCCGCAGACGGACCUCUGAUUGACCUUGCGCAAAACGUCAAGAAGUCGCUACCGGACGACAAGAGUAUCCAGGGUUGA